GAAAUAAGUACAAAAUGCCGAGCAUGUCAACAGUAAUCUAUGGCGGACCAGAAGCACAACUGGAUGCCUUCUUGGAGUUAAUGUUUAUGGGCCACAAAGAAGCUAGUAUGACAAGGGUGAGCUACGUAGUGUUAUCUGGAUUGAGGCUUCCGCCUAAGCUUUUAACCAGGAUUCGGGAGCUGGAGACCCCACGAGCGAUUAAUUCUAAUGUAAUUCAAGCCGAGGUGGCUGAGCUGGUAUCUCGGCACGGGUACCGAGAGAGUGAUUAUUUUCCGCAUUUCUUCAUCACCAAAACAGGCUACAUGGGCGUUGGUCCGAAGCACAUGCGCGAAGGCGACAUCGUGGCCAUCCUGUUAGGUGGGAGAGUUCCUUACCUCUUGCGUCCCCGGGGAGGACGAUUUGUGUUGAUCGGAGAAUGCAUGGUCGCGGGCGUCAUGAGCGGAGAAGUCAUAGACGAAUUUGAUGCAGGCAAGCGGACAUUGCGGGAGUUUGCUUUGGAUUGAAAUAGGAUGCGACGAUAUGGUCUAUAUGGAAUAGAUGCCGUGAGAAGAACAAAGACGGCAAAGUCAAGUCGGUUACGGAGU